AUGCGUUUCCAAACCAGCUCUGUGCUACCAUUUCUUCCGGCUUUGGCCUCGGCCAUUGCAGCUCCCAGCAUGGAUGGGUUCAGCAUUCUGUUCUCUGAGUCCUUUGCUGGCACUGCUGGCUCUACGCCAGAUACGGGCGUAUGGAAUAUUGCCACGGCCAUUGACACAAACGCCGAAGUUCAAACAUAUACCACUUCAAAUAACAACCUUCAAAUCAGCGGAGGAGAGACGGUCCAAUUCGUUCCCAGAAAGAGCACCACGGGCGUUUGGACCUCUGGCCGUAUCGAGACGGUCGGUGCAUGGACCCCAGAGGACGGAAAAGUCAUGGUCAUUCAAGCAAGUAUCCUCUUGGGUAGCAAUGCCCAGGUGAAUAAGCAAGGUCUCUGGCCAGCUUUCUGGUGCUUGGGCGACGCCAUUCGCCACGGCACUGAAUGGCCACUGUCUGGAGAGAUUGACAUCUUUGAGCAAGUGAAUGGAGUGCCUACUGCGUAUGGUACCCUUCAUUGUGGCACAACCGUUGGCGGGCCUUGUGCCGAGCCUUUGGGAAGACAAGCAGCCACUACUUUGCCCGCCGACGGCUUCAAUACUUGGGGUGUAAGAAUCGACCGCACCAACUCAGACUGGACUCUGCAGACGAUCCAGUGGCAGCUCAACGGCGCAACCUUCAACACUGUCACUGGUGCCGACAUUGCCGACGAGGGCACGUGGGCGACCCUUGCGCACAGUCCCUUGUACAUCCUUCUCAAUCUCGCUGUCGGUGGUGACUGGCCUGGUGAGCCCAACUCGGAGACUCUCGACGGCUACGGCAGCAUGAUGGAGGUCGAGUAUGUUGCUGUGUACUCCUCAUAA